AUGCUUCUGUGCCUGUUUACAUGGAGGUCGGCGGGAAGAGGGAGAGCGGAGAGAGCGGACACUGCCCGCCCGGAAACUCCACACCCCACCCGGAGACUCUGCCCGAGCCACUGGACCAAUGGCGACAUGUUGGCCCACGCCAUCAUCGCCUCAGGUUUUUUUCUGAAGACAUCCGCCCCCAUCAUCACAUGUUUGGUGCCGAUAAGCAGGCGUUUCCAUGCCAACAGUCAGACCCAGGCACCGGUGCCCCCCCCCCCCUUCAUGAGGAAGGUGUGCUUUGGUCACAUUCCAGAGGAAUUCUUCCACUUCCUUUAUCCAAAAACUGGAGUUACAGGCCUGUAUAUGUUCGGCACUGGGCUGCUGACUUACCUCCUGUCAAAGGAGAUUUACGUAAUUAACCAGGAGACAUUUUCUUCCAUCUCCAUCUGCAUUCUUAUCCUCUACAUCUACGGUAUUAAGAAAUUUGGGAAGGAUGUGGGAAAAUUUGCGGACAAAGUACAAACUGCCCAAGAAGUGAAGAAGCUUUGCUCUAACCGCCUGGUAGACACUAUUGAGCAGGAGAACAAUGAGCAGUGGAGAAUAGACGGUCGCCAUCACCUCUUCGAUGCCAAGCAGAAUAACGAUGCGAUGAUGUUGGAAACCAACUCACGACGCCUGCACAUGGUGCACGAUGCAGUGAAGAAGCAGCUGGACUGCCAGGUGAGCCUGCAGCUACUAGAGCAUAGGCUUGCACAGGAACACAUGGUCAACUGGGUGGAGAAGAAUGUGAUCCACAGUAUCACUCCACAGCAGAAGAAGAAGUGCAUUGCCAAGUGCAUCGCUGAUCUCAAAGUGCUGUCAAAGAGUGCUCCGGCAAUCGCCUAAGCCCAUUCACAAUUAUUAUCCAUGUAGUAAACCUAUUACAUACCUGUAACCUUGAAAACAAUCUAAUGUCCCAAUGA